UGUUUCUCUUUAAUUCUGCGGCAUCUCUCUCACUGUAUGCGGGCCUGCUGCUCUGGAGGAGGGCGGGCCGUGAAGCACAAUGAGCACAUUUCGGACAGUAAACUAACUGAUGCGACAUGCACGGCGCACGGAUGAUUUCAGCACGCGGCUGCUCUAACUUGGUUUUCAUUGAUUGGAUUUGGGAAUGGGCACGCGGCGGAGCUGCAAGCUGAACCACACGGGCUCGUGCUGCUGUCUGAAAACUGACCUCGGGUAAACCCUCAGAGGCUCCGCGGACUUUGGAGGGAUUCUGCAGAGGUGGGUUUUUUUUGCGCAGCACGGAAACUCUGGCGCAACACAAAGAGGGAUGAUCCGCUGACAACACGGAGCGAAACUACUAUCAUUAAGGGACGCAUUGGUGGCUCGUGCAUCGGUGCAAGAUGAUGUCACUAAUAGAUCUGGACGAUGAUCAGCGAUGGGUGCCCACUCAUGUGAAUGUCACCGUCCUCCGCGCGAGGGGACUGCGCACCAAGGGCAAGCACGGCAGCCGCUACCUCUACACCAUCAUCCAGGUGGGGAAGGAGAAGUACACCACCGGGCUGGUGGAGAAGGCGGAGGUGCCCGAGUGGAACGAGGAGUGCUGCUUCGAGCUGCUCCCCGGGAUCCUGGAGGACGGCGGCCGUGGCGCCUACCCCCCGGGGAGCGGAGACCUGGUCCUCACCGUCAUGCACCGGGUGCUCAUCGGACUGGACGUGUUUCUCGGUCAAACCAUCAUUCCCCUCGAUAAGAUCUUUCAGGAGGGGAUGUGUCCUCGAGAUGAAUGGUUUAAGCUCAACUCCAAGGCGGGGAGAAAGGAGAAGGAACGCGGUGAACUCCAGGUGACGGUCCAGUUCACACGCAACAACAUGACAGCCAGCAUGUUUGACCUCACCAUGAAGGACAAACCUCGCUCUGCUUUUGGCAAGCUCAAGGACCGCGUCACAGGGAGGAAGAGGGGGGACAUGGAGUCUUCCUCGGCCAUCGUGCCAGGCCGCUACGCCGCCCUGUCAGGCUCCCUGCCGUUUGGGGAGGAGAUGGGCGGCGGGGGGCCGGUGGAGCCACGAGAUGUGGAGAUAGCAGAGGAGAAGAAGAGCAAGAUGAAAGAUUUCUUCAAAGGGAGAUUGCGUAAAUCGUCUGACACCAGGUCAUGCUCAUCGCUGGCCUCGGAGAGCAGCGUGUCCUCCAUGGCCAGUGAUAACCCCGGCCCUCCGCCCUGCCUGGAUCUGAUGUCAGACCCUCCCAGCUCCCCCAUCUACACGAGCAAAGUGAGAGUGGACGCCCUUUAUGGAGAGACAGAUUUAGCUAAAAAAGUGCUCACCAGUCAGCACACCACAAAGGUCCUCACACACAAGCGAGCCUUCAGCGAUGAAGCCAGUAAGAUCUCGACAGCCUUCCCUCGACCAAACCUCGCCGUGGAGUCUCUGAAGGGUCAGACCAUGACUCAGUCCAAGUCUUCCUUGUGUAUAAACGGCAGCCACGUCUACGACUCCGAGCCGUCGACCCCAAAGAGCUUGGGCGCCCACCAGUCCAAACUGGUCCUGCUGGAGAAGUGCUCCCCGCUCUCCCGCUCCCUGCAGAACCUCACCAAGAGAAGCGACGACAAAGGUUCCUUUGCCGAUGGCCGACGCUGGUCCUUUGACAAGAUGAAGAAAGAAGAGGAGGAGAAGGAAUCUCAGGCGUCGUCUCCUCCGGUUCAGCAAGCUCAGAUGGGGGGUCGCCCCUCGCCGGCAGACAUCCCGAUCAUCUCCUCUGGUGCUUUGUCACCUGACAAAGGCAGGAAGCUACGAAAGACGUUAUUCUCUGGAGGGAGGAGUGAUUCUCUCCCGGCCAAGUCAGACCUGAACCAGUCUGGUUCUACGUCUGAGGGGAGGCUCAGGGGCUGGUUUGGCUCCGGUGAGUCCCAGAACAAACCAAGGCUGGAAGUUUCUCCUAAGGUAGAAAGCAGCUCAGACGUACCCCCUCCCCUCCCUCCUCGCUCCCCUGUACCCCCUCUCCCUCCGCCUCCCCUCUCCGGUCAUAUGUCACCUGACGACUGCAAUCACACCAACCCCUUCACCCCCUCCUUCCCCUCCUCAACCCCCAUCUCCCCCUCCAACCCCUUCCCCUCACGUAUGCAGCGCAACCCCUUUUUUGAGGAUCUCAUAGCAGAAGAGUCCCAGCAGUCCUCUUCUUUCGCGCCUUGCUCCUCCUCUGGCUCCUCCCCCUUUCAUUACACCACUCUGCCCUCGCAGCCCUGCACACCCAGCACUGCUUGUGAUGCUAAUGCUACAAAUAUGGCUUCCAUAAAGCGGGAGCGCCCCAGGCCGGUAGCUAGACAGAUAUCUCUCCCUGCGUUAAUACCCAAAGCAGCUACACCCAACCCCUCCGCCCCUCGCUCCAUGUCAGAGAGCGCGGGAGAAUGGGAUGACUCGUUUGAUGCCUUCGCCUCCAGCAGGCUCAACUCACCGAAAGGAAGUCUUCCUCAGAAACAGAGAACCAGUCCGACUACAUCUUUUAAUAACCACACUAAUAAUCACGCACAAGAGCUGCAAACAUGUGAAGAGGAGCCUCCACCGUUGCCUCCGAGGAGACUUUUAAGAACUUCUGUGAAUGAGAUUUACUCAGACGGUUGGCUGCACCGCGGUCAAGAGCUGGCCGUCCAUAAAGAAGCUUACCUGCUCUCACAGACCGGCGUGGCCUCGCUGCAACGUGGACGAGAAGGAGAAUGCAAAAGAAACAGCAUAUCCCCGGACCCGCACACAAGCAGCGAGACCUCCGACUCCCUUAGCGUCAACUCUCAGUCGUACACAAAUAUGACAACACCUGGAUUCGUCUCUGAAGAGAAGCUCAAAAAGUUCAAAUAUGAACCUUUGGAAGAUGAAACUGACUGCUGGGGAGGGAUGCUGUUCGAGCAGGACCUGUAUGGACGAGUGUGUAGAGGAAACUACGGACAUCGUUUAUCGUUGAAUGCUGAAGAAACAGCUGGAAAUAAGAUCCCAUCGGUGAACUCUGGACCUAAAAUACUUCUUGACAGUGAGAUAUCUGUUGCAGACCUCUUGAACAUGACCUCCAUUACUACUUCAAAGUCAGAUGCAAAAGUGCUAGAUGUUACAACCAGUCCAAUGGAGGAGACGGAGUCUAAUUCACCUGAAAACACAUACAUCGACAAUAAUGUGUCUUUCUCGCUGACCCUAGGAGAUCUGAACCUGAAUAAUUCAGAUUUUGGUUUCAUUGAUUCGGAUGGUUCCUCGCAGUCAGAGGUAGCGGAUACUCUUAAAGCCACAAAGAGUUUUCCACCACUGCCAGAAGCUUCACAGAUUUCGGCAUACCAUGUAGAGACGGCGACCACACCUGAGGACAUGUUCACUUUGAAGGACACCUACAUACCUGAGCUGAACUCUUCCUUUGAGAUGACCGCGGCGUCAAACAAACUCUUCAAAGUCUCUCCGAUUUGCCAAGACAACUGUCAAGAUCGACAGUGUGAUUUGAACAAUGUGGCGCCGCAUGGUGACUCGAGGGGGAACAGCAGAGAGAUCGCUGCUUUGUCAUCACAAAAUCAAACAUUUAACCCAACCGAUUUUGAAACUGAAUCCAAAGAAGUUACAUCAAGAAAUGUGGAUGAUUUCAAAAAGACACAAAAGGACUUUGAUGAUAACGGGAACCCACAAGCCAAAACACAUAACCAGAAUGAGACCUUUCCUGGCAUUGUUAGUGCACGUUUCAGACCAAAAGGAGUUUCCCGACAGAACAGCAGCGGCAGCCCGAGCAACCAAAGCAAAAGCGGAGACAGAGAGUUCGAACAGUUCUUAUCCCUCGUUCAAAAUAUUUCCGAGGUCAGCGAAGGACCGUUGUCAUAUCAGCCCUCGAAAACGGCUCUCUCUUCCCUUCUGGCAUUAGUGGAUAGUAGCACCAACAACACAACAUCACACGUAUCUUCAACAGACAACACAGCGACAGAAAAAUCCUCUGAUAUCAGUUUUGAAGACCUCCACGCUAAAGUAGCACCAAACUCCAGAACCCCUUCAAAGUCAAAGAUUGGGCAAUCUUUGCAGGAACCCUCUCCUCCCUCCAUCCCUCGUGCACUCUCCCUGUCCGCUGACACACCAGCUACCCCUGUCUGUUGCCCCUCCAUACAUCCCUCAAGCAUGGGGCCCAGUGCUGGAGCCACUCUGGCUGUGGCCCCCUACACCACCUCCUCCUCCUCCACCACUGACCAGCCCUUGGUCGAUGCACGGCACUCACUUUUCCCUGAGGAGACACAGCCAGCUAGCAACCUGCCCCGUCAGGAGAGCAGACCUCAUCCAGUGAAGCCGUUGACCUCCAGCCAAUCGGAGAAGAAGGAGAGUCGUUCGGUUCUGGAGAAGUUGAAGUCCACCAUCAACCCUGGACGCAUCGCCCACCAGGUUACAGCGGAGCCUGAGAAGAGUCAGGAGGUGACAGUGGACAACUCGGCCCAGUACCAACACCUGACCAACAUGGAGCUGAUCUCCCUGCUGCUGCAGCAGGAGAUGGACAUGCAGAAGCAGCAGGCGGCCUCCGAGCAGCAGGCGGCGCAGCUGCAAAAAUGUGAGGCCGAGCUGAAGAAGGUGAAGUUACAGGUUCGAGACCUGGAGGACUACAUUGAUAAUCUGUUACUUCGGAUCAUGGAGCAGACGCCCACAUUACUUCAAGUGCGCAGCAGACACAAGUGAUGACAACACUGGUGUUGAAUACUGUUUCCUCAAGAGCGGAGGCAAAACACAGGGUUGUUAUUAAAGAUCUGGAAUCACUGUUCCAGAGACAGUUACAGUCAAACAAACGCUCCAAAAAAUCCGAUCUCACAUCCAGGUCUCCUCACUGCUGAUACUGCCUUGUUGAUGUAGACACGAUAAUAUCCAACAUGCAUGCUGGUUACUAUCCCAAUUUGGCACGAAGAUGAAUUACUGUGAGAGAAAAAGCUUCAAUCAAAGCUCAGUGAUUAUUUCAGCCAUGCUUUGUAGAAUAAUUUCAAGUAGUCAGCCGUCAAUUUAAACUUUAAACUCACUGCUUUCUCACAUGCUUAAAAUAAAAUACAGGCCGGAUAAAACUUUUUAGGAGAGCAUUAAAGCUGCUCUUUUGGGGUUAAUGUAGUUCUUGUGGCAAAAUAUAACGUUAGCUCAAGUAACCUUUUAAAUUACAGCUGUCGAAGUGCAAAAAAAUUUUGACACACUUUCCUCUCAGACUUUUUUUCUGAAAUGCCAAGUGCAGAAAGGUUAACUCGAGGUAAUUGCAUAUUUUCAAACUGAAUUUAAGAAAUGCUACAAAAAAAAGCAACACGUCAUAAAAUGCUGCGCUGCAAUGUGAAUACUAUGAGAAGAGACGUUUCUGCAUCGCUGUAUGAUAAGCAAAACACAGUAUUCAUAUUUGAGUCUGUUCAUGUUUGACUAAAGGAGAUGGAGACUUAUUGUUUGCAUUUUGUUUCUUUGUUUCAUCAUUUUUGCCACUUUAUUUUUUUUAAUAGCAAAAUCUUAUUGUAGUAAUAAAGCAUCAAUGCAGCAGAUAAGAGUAAAAUAAGUUAUUUCUAUAAAACACUUUUGCCAUGACAGUAUAUAUACUAAUGUCACUCUAGCCCCACUGUAGCUACUUGCAAUGCUUUACAUGACCGCAGUACUGUACUGUAAUAAAAUAAAAUGCACAUA